UUUUACGGUCCUUCUUCUCUUCCUCUGUUAUAACUUAAAUGUCAUCUCCUUCGUUCCUCCUGCCUCCGCCAUAGCCGAGGGCAGAGAUCGACGCCCCCUGUGCCCUCCUCGAUUCGACGCCAACGGCGGCGUGGAAACGAGCUCCCACCAGUCACCACUUCCGGCGAGCCUUCGUCGACCGUCGUUCGCUGCCGGCGGCGAAAUAACCACCAGCGAUUCAGCUGAUCAGCUGUCGGCCGGCGAUCGAUCGGGACGGGGAGAGAGAAGUGCGAACGGUCGUGAGAAUUGAUUUGAGCAGGCCCUCGAAAACACUGAAAACCACUCUGAGCUACGGGCACCUUGCAUCGGGGCCUCGGUGUCGUGAAUAUGGGUUACGAUUCUGGGGAUGCUUCGGAAGACAGUCGAGAUGAUGAUGACGAGGAGGAAUAUGAAGAGGGCGGGAGCGGCAACCGCUUUCUGGGGUUUAUGUUUGGGAAUGUGGAUAACUCGGGUGACCUCGACGUUGAUUAUCUUGAUGAGGAUGCAAAGGAGCAUCUUGCAGCGUUGGCUGACAAGCUUGGUCCAUCUUUGGCUGAUAUUGAUUUGUCUGUAAAAUCACCAAGAACACCUGUUGAUGCUGCCGAACAAGAUUACGAUGAGAAGGCUGAAGAUGCUGUUGACUAUGAAGAUAUUGAGGAGCAGUACGAGGGUCCAGAGAUCCAAGCUGCCAGCGAGGAAGACAACUUGCUUCCAGAGAAGGAUUACUUAUCUGCCGAAGUUCCUUUUGCUACUUUGUAUGAUAGAACUUCAGUAUAUGACGAUGAAAAUUAUGAUGAGGAUGAGGAAAAUGAGAAAGAGCAGGAGUUGGUGGAUAAAGAUGCAAUGCAAACUACUUUAUCAGAAGUGCAGGCUGCAAGUCCUGCAGUUUGCUCUGAAGGCAGUAUUUCCGCUGAGCAUGAGCAAUGCCAUGCCUCUCCACGUAAUGAAAGUCCAGUUGCUUCUUUUGAAGAAUUUCAGGAGAUAGCUGAAGCUGAUGAGGAGCCACCGGAGGAUAAAGCUUCUUCCCUGUUACCAGUUCUGUGUAUUGAAAAUGGGAUGGUCAUUUUACGGUUUUCGCAAAUAUUUGGCAUUCAUGAGUUUUCAAAGAAAAGCUACAGAAGGGAUCACAAGACCUCGGUCCACAAAGAGACGUUUAAGUCUGCAGAUGCUUCUCAUGCCGUGGAAGAAGAUGAAGAGGCUUUCUUAAGAGGUUUGGGUCAAGGUUUUUCAUCCCUUAAACUGGCACAAGAAGUCCAAGAUGAUAUAUUGGGCAAUACCGAUGGUGAUACACGGUUUGAAAAAUAUGGUGCUAGGCACGGUGAAGGCAGAUUUCCUCUGAGAGCUGACGAGGACAUUUUUCUUAGUGGAGGACCUAUGAAAGAGGAUCUAACAAUAGAUCUCUCAACAGUUUGGCAGUUGCCUCAAAGUCCUAAUUUCUAUCCUCUUGGUCAGCAAGACUGGGAAAAUAGCAUCCUCUGGGAUGGUUGUCCUCUAAGCCCUGACAAUUCUGCUGAAAACCAUGACCUACGCAGAGCUGAUUUAGGAGACUCGGUCAAUGGAGUUUCUGGGCCACAAAUUGGAUCAGAAAAUCUUAAAUUAGGGCAUCAAAUAUCCCAAAUUGAGAAGACAGAUGGAUUCGGGUGUCCUGCUACUUUGGUUUCCAUCGGAUCAAACAGUACAUUGAGAUGUUCCAAUCUUGUAUUUUCCAGAAAGGAUUUCCAUCCCCAACUUCUGAGAUUAGAAUCUCAUUUGGAAAUGGAUAAAUUUUGCCAUGGAGAUGGUUUGGAGGAUAAAAGCACAGAAGAGCAGCUUCAGCAUGAUGCUUUAACACAAUUUAGCAAAAUCUCGUUGCAGAAUAGACGCAUUCUGGAUGGGUCCUGGGUUGAUGAGAUAAGUUGGGAGCCUAAUGUUUCAAUUGCAAAACCAAAGCUUAUUUUUGAUCUCCAAGAUGGACGUAUGCUUUUUGAGGUUUUAGAUGACAAGGAUGGCAACAAUUUUUGGCUUCAUGCAGGGGCUAUGGUGAUGAGUCGAUCUCCAGAACCCAUUAGUCAUGAUUCUCUUGAGCUGAUCAGUCAUGGUGGACUCUCUAGUUGGCAGUUUGACAUUGCCAAUGACAUUUUCUAUUCAAACAGGAAAUCGUCUCAACAGCUUAAUACUAGCUCUGAAAAACGCAUUUCGUAUGGUGGUGAAGUAUAUCAUUCAGCACCCGCCCUUAAGUUGGAGACAAUGAAACUAAAGUUGAGCAAUAAAGAUGUGGCCAAUUUUCAUCGACCUAAAGCUCUUUGGUAUCCGUACGACAAUGAGGUGGCAGUUAAGGCGCAAGGAAAGCUAUCUACUCAAGGGCCAAUGAAGAUUAUAGUAAAGAGCUUGGGGGGCAAAGGAAGUAAACUUCAUGUUGACGCUGAGGAGACUAUCUCGUCAAUCAAGACAAAGGCUUCAAAGAAGCUAGAUUUUAAGCUAUCUGAACCAGUGAAGAUCUUUUACCGUGGAAAUGAACUUGAUGAUCAUAAAUCUCUUGCUGAUCAAAAUGUCCAGCCAAAUUCCUUGAUACAUAUUGUACGUACAAAUUUACAUUUGCUGCCAAGGGCACAGAAGAUUCCUAGUGAGAAUAAGUCACUGCGUCCUCCUGGUGCAUUCAAGAAGAAAUCUGAGCUCUCUGUGAAAGAUGGCCAUGUGUUUCUAAUGGAGUAUUGCGAGGAAAGGCCCCUAUUGCUGAGCAAUCCAGGGAUGGGUGCAAGACUUUGCACAUACUAUCAGAAAACAGCCCCAAGUGAUCAAAAUGGCAUCUUUUUACGUAGUGAAAACAGGAGUUUGGGGACUGUGAUGGUACUAGAUUCUACUGAUAAAUCCCCUUUCCUUGGAGACAUAAAACCUGGUUGUGCGCAGUCAUCUGUUGAAACAAACAUGUAUAGAGCACCUGUAUUUCCCCACAAGGUGUCCUCGACUGACUAUCUUUUGAUUCGCUCUGCGAAAGGGAAGCUUUCUAUUAGACGGAUUGACAGGAUAAAUGUCGUAGGACAACAGGAGCCUCUCACGGAAGUUAUGUCUCCAGGAACAAAAGACCUGCAAUCUUUUCUCAUGAAAAGAGUACUGGUUUACAUGUUUCGACAGUUUCGUGCCCUUAAAAAAAGUGGCGUAGCUCCUUAUGUACGUGCAGAUGAGUUGUCCUCACAGUUCCUAAACCUGUCUGAAGCCUUUGUCCGUAAUAGAUUGAAAAAGCACGCAUGCGCUGAGUUGAAGAGGGGUUCAAAUGGGGAAUGGAUUUGGAAAAUGAGGCCCAAUUUCCACAUUCCAUCAGAAGAAGCAUUGAGAAAAUUAGUGCCACCAGAGAAGGUCUGUGCAUAUGAAAGUAUGCUAGCUGGUCUUUACAGGCUCAAACAUUUAGGAAUCAGGAGACUUAUGCAUCCAACUGGAAUUGCAUCUGCAAUGAGUCAGCUUCCCAAUGAGGCAAUUGCCCUCGCUGCUGCAUCACACAUUGAGAGGGAACUGCAAAUUACUCCAUGGAACUUGAGUAGCAACUUUGUCGCCUGUACAAACCAGGUUCGAGAAAAUCUUGAGCGUUUGGAAAUCUCUGGUGUUGGCGAUCCAUCUGGCCGGGGUCUUGGUUUUAGUUAUGUUCGUGCUGCUCCAAAGGCACCAAUGUCGAGUGCAAUGACAAAGAAAAAAGCUGCUGCUGGUCGUGGAGGUUCAACAGUUACUGGCACAGAUGCUGAUCUACGUAGACUGAGCAUGGAAGCUGCACGAGAGGUUCUUCUAAAAUUCAACGUACCUGAUGAAAUUAUAGCUAAGCAGACUAGGUGGCAUCGGAUAGCGAUGAUCCGUGAACUUUCUAGCGAACAAGCUGCUUCUGGAGUUAAGGUUGACCCUACGACCAUUAGCAAAUAUGCACGUGGUCAGAGAAUGUCUUUUAUUCAGUUGCAGCAGCAAACCCGAGAAAAAUGUCAGGAAAUUUGGGAUCGACAACUCCAGUCUCUUACAGCUAUUGAUGGUGAUGAAGGUGCUAGCGAUUCGGAAUCCAACAGCGACCUAGAUUCCUUUGCAGGGGACCUAGAAAAUUUGCUUGAUGCAGAAGAAUUUGAAGGGGAUGAAGCAAUUAAUGAACGCAAGCAUGAUAGAUCUGAUGUUGUCAAGGGACUAAAAAUGAGGAGGCAUCCGUGCCUGGUUGAGGCUGAAGAAAAGGGUCAAGAUGAAGCUGCUGAAGCCGCUGAAUUAUGCAGGAUGCUCAUGGAUGAAGAUGAGACGGAAUUGCUAAAGAAAGAAAAGAUUGGAGCUGCGCGGAAGGAACUUGGCCCUGCUCUAGGCUCACAACCUGUUUUUGUUUCCGAGAAAGGAGAGCGCGUCAAGAAACCAAAGAAAGUAGUGAAACAAGUAUCAAGCUCAGUUGCUGGUGAUGGUUCAAAACCGAGUAUUCAUGGUGAUCAAGAAGAUGUGGAAGCUCUUCUAGCAAAAAACAACAACUUCCCAACGAAGGUGAAAGCUAAGAAGAUUAAAAUAUUGGGUGACGGAAUGAAGAUCUUUAAGGAGAAGAAAUCAGCCAGAGAGAGUUUUGUCUGCGGGGCCUGUGGACAGCUUGGACACAUGAGAACCAACAAAAAUUGCCCCAGGUAUGGAGAGGAUCUCGAUUCGCAGACAGAAGCCGUUGAUCCCGAUAAAGCAUUGGGGAAGUCAAGUUUAGUCAAUCCUGCUAGUCUUCCCCAACAGAAAUCUGUGACAAAGAAGAUUAUGCCUAAGAGUGCAACAAAAAUUUCUCUGGCAGAAGCAACAGAAGGUCAGAAGUCUGGCGCCAAAACAAAAGUUCACUCUUUGAAGCUCAAAUGUGGAUCGAUUGACAAGCCUUCUGAUGAUGUCACUCUGGGUUCUACCCAAAGUUCAGACCAAGUGGCAAUGUCCAUUGUCGAUGCUGUGAACAAGUCUACUGUGAAGGUGAAUAAGAUAGUUAUCUCUAGCAAAACUAAACCAGCAGAUGUACAACUUGAAUCCCAUAAACCUUCUAUCGUGAUACGCCGUCCAACUGAUGCUGAUAGAGUCCAUCCAGAAGCCCAGAAGACCUCUAUUGUAUUUCGGCCACCAGUGGAUACAGAUAAAGCACAAAUUGAGCCUCAUAGGCCAUCUAUUGUCAUAAGGCCACCGGCAGAUAUUGAAAAGGAACAGUCUCACAAAAAAUUAAUUAUCAAAAGGCCAAAAGAAGUUAUUGACCUGGACCAGGCCAGUCAGGAAGGAAGUGCUGAUUUUGAGCACAGAAAGACAAAAAAAAUAGUUGAACUGUCAGAUUUCGAGAGAUACAGAACGCAAGAGAAGACUUAUUUUACUGAGUCGUCAUCAAAGAAGAAAUCUCGGGAAGAUAAAAGAUGGUGGGAAGAAGAAGAGAAGAGGAGAAAUAUGGAGAGAUUGAGAGAAGAAAGGACGAAGAGGCAGUAUAUGGAAGAAAUGAGAAUGUUAGAAGAGAGAGAAAAGUUAGCUGAGAUAGAAAAAUACGAAGUGUCAUUAAGACGAGAGAGGGAAGAGGAAGAGCGGGAGAAAGCAAAGAAGAAACAGAAGAAGAUGAAAAAGGCUGAAGUUAGAGAUGAGUACCUAGAAGACUAUAGGGCUAGAAGAAACGAUAAAAGGAUGCUGGAAAGGGACCGGACAGCAAAGAGGAAGCCUCUUAUUGAGCCUGGAAAGUUAAGUGCUGACUAUGCCCUACCUACGAAGCGUCGUAGAGGCGGGGAGGUUGGAUUGAUGAACAUCUUGGAGCGCAUAGUGGAGACACUAAGGGGCAGGCAGGAGGUUUCUUAUCUCUUUUUGAAACCUGUCCCCAGGAAAGAGGCUCCAGACUAUCUGGACAUCAUUGAUAAGCCAAUGGAUCUGUCCACAAUUAGGGAGAAGGUUAGGAGGAUGGAGUAUAAGAACCGCGAGGAUUUUAGGCAUGACGUGUGGCAGAUCACCUUCAAUGCCCACAAAUAUAACGAUGGGCGCAAUCCUGGGAUUCCUCCACUUGCGGAUCAGCUUUUGGAGUUAUGUGACUACUUGUUAAAUGAAAAUGAUGAGAGCUUGACUGAAGCUGAAGAGGGCAUUGAAUAUUAGUUAGAGCCUGGAGGGAUGUGUAUAGUUUUACUCUUCCAAAAUUUCUACAGUAGCCAUCUCCUUUUCUGUACAUAUGGGGUGGGUUUCUAACUUCUAAGGAGACUCGACUUUGUGGGGUUGUCCCUAGGUCAGGUUGUUUGUUCCCUGUUGUAUCCUUAAAAAAGAUUUUGGCUUCUGCUGAAUGAUUAUCUCAGAUGCAUAUUGGAGAAAUAACAGGAGGAAAGGUUCUUAUA